CACGCGAGCGGAUAAAUCAAAACACUCCAACCGUCUACACUGAGAAAGAACUGAGAAACCAUUACGGCUCAGCGGACGAAUGUACAGCGCCGAGCCCUCACAGUGUUUCUGCAGGAGUAAAAGGAGUGGAGUCUAACAGUUUUCGCGUUUAAUGUGUCAGAGUUUCUGCGGUGAAAGAUACUGUUUUACGGAGCGUUGUUACGUUGUACGCUAGAAGUUUGCAAAACAAGUUCGAAGGAUUGGAUGCUCUUUGUGGAACGUUAUUUUAAUCUGGUGCGCGAGCGGUUGAGAGGAGAGAUGUCAACAAGAGGACAACAAAACAUGGAUUUACCCUUUGUCUUAACCGUAUAACUUUGAGAAAUCGUUUGACAUUCUGUGCAGUAGCUGCUUUGCAGACAUUUCCGGCGUUUUUUGUAAAGGAACAUAUAAUAUAUAGUCCUGAGAGACAUUUUGCUGUAUGACAGGACACGUUUGCACAGAGCGCUGGGAGAUGAAGAAGAGGAAAUUCAACUGAUUCUCUGAGGGGAAAACACAUCUAAGUCUUAUUUUAGGAGCUUGCUGUAGUCCUUUAAUUUAGCUUUAUAAUUAGAUUAAUUUGCCACACAGACUCAUAGGAAUUAUACUAUCCUUGCUGCAUAAAACAUAUUACUUAGAAGUGGGUUGUUCAGCGCUAUAAAAGACAGUUCUUCUGAAGCCAGCUGGAUUUACGAUGAAAUUAAGUUUUUGGGUGUAUUUUGUCAAGGGAAUUGUUCCCUCAGAAUCGACCUUUGGAAGUGUAGUGCCCUUUUGACUGCAAAGAGGAACUGUUAUUUAACUCCACUGACAAUUAACAUCCUCACUUCUUGUCACUUCUGUCAUUUGCGUGCGGCAGGCUGCCUGAUUUCCCGUUUGUUUACCAUUAUUCGGCUUCAUCUCUGUCGAUAUGGAGGAAUGGAGGCAGUGCGGGCGUUGGUUAAUAGACUGCAAGGUGUUGCCCCAGAACCACCGUGUCGUUUGGCCCUCAGCGGUGGUGUUCGACCUGGCCCAGGCGCUCAGAGAUGGGGUGCUCCUGUGUCAGAUGCUGCACAAUCUGUCCCCUGGAUCCGUGGACCUUAAGCAGAUCAACUUCAGGCCUCAGAUGUCACAGUUUCUGUGCCUAAAGAACAUCCGGACAUUUCUGAAAGUGUGCCACGAUAAGUUUGGCUUGAGGAACAGUGAGCUGUUUGAUCCCUUUGACCUUUUUGACGUGAGGGACUUUGGGAAGGUGAUCUCGGCACUGUCCAGAAUCUCCCACCACAGCAUUGCACAGAUCAAAGGCAUCAGGCCCUUUCCAUCAGAGGACACAGCACUGAAUGAAGAUGAUGUGUACCGGAGCUUGGAGGAGUUGGCAGACGAGCAUGACGUGGGAGAGGAUGACAUAUACGACUGCGUCCCCUGCGAUGACGAUGGGGACGAUAUCUACGAGGACAUCAUCAAGGUGGAGGUUAGACAGCCCAUGAAAAUGGGCAUGACGGAAGAUGACAAGAGAAACUGCUGCUUGGUGGAGAUUCAGGAGACGGAGGCAAAGUACUACAAAACACUGGAGGACAUUGAGAAGAAUUAUAUGAUUCCCCUGAAGCAAGUGUUAACACCACAGGAGAUGGAAAACAUAUUUGUGAAUUUAGAGGACAUCAUCAAGGUCCACUUUGCUCUGCUGAGGGCCAUUGACCUGACCAUGGUUAGUGGGGGCAACGGCCUGGGAAAGGUCUUUCUGGACUUCAAGGAGAGACUGCUGAUUUAUGGCCAGUACUGCAGCCAUAUGGAGAAUGCUCAGAAGACACUGGAUGAACUGAUCGCCACACGGGAAGAUGUCAAGUGUAAAGUGGAGGAGUGUACCAUGAAGGUCCAGGAGGGCAAGUUCAAACUGCAGGAUCUCCUGGUGGUCCCCAUGCAGAGGGUCCUCAAAUACCACCUUCUGCUUAAGGAGUUAGUGAGUCACUCAGUCGAUCGGCCAGAGAGACAGCAGCUUAAAGAGGCACUAGAGGCUAUGCAGGACCUGGCCAUGUACAUCAACGAGGUGAAAAGAGACAACGAAACCCUAAAGAAAAUUAGUGAAUUUCAGAGCUCAAUAGAAAAUCUGCAGGUGAAGCUGGAGGAGUAUGGUAGGCCAAAGAUAGACGGAGAGCUGAAAGUGUGUUCUAUAGUUAACCGGACAAAACAAGACAGAUACAUCUUCCUGUUUGAUAAAGUGGUAAUUGUAUGCAAGAGGAAAGGCUAUAACUAUGAGUUGAAGGAGAUCAUUGAACUUCACUUCUACAAGAUGUCCGAUGACCCCAUGAACAACCGUGACAUGAAAAAGUCGAGUGGAAAAAUGUGGUCGUAUGGCUUCUACCUGAUCCAUCUGCAGGGGAAACAGGGCUUCCAGUUCUUCUGCAAGACAGAAGACACCAAGCGCAAGUGGAUGGAGCAGUUUGAGAUGGCCAUGUCAAACAUCAAACCCGAAAGAGCCACUGCCAACCAGCACAACUUCCAAAUGCACACAUUUGAAAAGAACACCAACUGCAGGGUCUGCAAAAUGCUGCUGAGGGGUAUAUUCUACCAGGGUUACUUCUGUUCACGGUGUGGGACCGGUGCCCAUAAGGAAUGUCUGGAGGUUAUCACCAUCUGCAAAAUAAGUCCCCAUGAUUUGGAGCCUGGACUUCCACAAUCAGGUCCAAAGAUGGUGGCCAUCAGGAAUUACCAUGGUACCCCUGCCCCACCAGGCAAGAUGCCACUUUGCUUCCAGAUAGGAGAAGUCAUUGAACUCCUGAAGGGAGACCCAGACACAUCGUGGUGGGAGGGAAAGCUUAUCCAAACCCUAAAGACUGGCUUCUUCCCCAGUUCCAAUGUGAAACCAUGUUUAGACCCUAAGCCUUUCCAGUCAUUUUCCAGCCGUCAGUCCUCCAGAGAGACAGAUUACUACGUUUAUCCCUGGUUUGCAGGAAAUAUGGAACGGCAGCAAGCCGACAACCUGCUCAAGUCUCACAGCAGCGGCACGUACCUGAUCCGAGAAAGGACGGCAGAGGCAGAGAGAUUCGCCAUCAGUAUCAAGUUUAAUGAUGAAGUGAAGCACAUUAAAGUUGUUGAGAAAGACAACUGGAUUCACAUCACAGAGGCAAAAAAGUUUGAUAGCCUUCUGGAACUUGUGGAGUAUUAUCAGUCUCACUCACUUAAAGAGAGCUUUAAGCUGUUGGACACGACAUUACGGUACCCUUACAAAUCCCGAGAGCGUUCAAGCUCUCGCACCAAUACUCGCUCACCAGCCUCCUCUGCUUCCUACAACUUCUCCUUCCUAAGUCCUCAGGGUCUCAACUUCUCCUCUCAAAGCUCUGCUCCCUUCUGGUCAGUGUUCACACCCAGAGUGGUCAGCACAGCUGUGGCGCGAUACAACUUUGCUGCUCGAGACAUGAGAGAGCUGUCUCUGCGAGAGGGGGACAUCGUUAAGAUCUACAGUAAGAUCGGCGGAGACCAAGGCUGGUGGAAAGGAGAGGCCAACGGCAAGAUUGGGUGGUUCCCCUCCACGUACGUCGAGGAGGAGGGGAUACAGUGAAGCUCUGGAUUCACACAGAUCAUCCAAUCAGAUUGCAUUCUGAUCCCCAGGCCUCUUGAGAGGACUCUUUGGUUUCCAUGGAAACAUCAGUGGAAAACUUUUGUGGUGGAAACUUAUUUCACAGUGAAUAUUUGUACUUCUGUCUCCUUUCGUCAUGUACGAAUAUACUUUCUUUCGUUUCUCUGAAUGUUUGUGUGAUCUCUGUGAAGAAACCUGCUCGGAGUCUGUUUGUUCUCAGUGUCAGAGGGGCUUGCGGAGAGAAACUGCGAAUGGAGCAGAACUUUGCCUUGAACUGGCCAAAGGACAAGCAUGGCUUUAAGUUGUACAGUUAUACCUGUAAUGUGUGCUUUCGGCCACUGAGGUAAAAUGGGGGUGGGAACAUAUACAUAUUUAUAUAUAGAUAAUUUAUUAAAUAAGAAAAUAUAUGAUAAAAAUGCAAUGUUGAACAUUUGUUUAACAGCAGCAGUGCAAAGAAUAUAUGAGAAAAGAAAAGACGCACUUUGCAAUUCUUUACAGAGAGAAUUUGCCUUAGUAUAUGGUAAUGCCUUUAGAGGUGGAGGUAAAGAGAUGGAACUCAGACUUGCACAAACACACUCAAACUCAUGCAUCCACCCUGUCCAGAAAUACGGUGCCUUUUCAGAUUUGUUCUUCACUCCCAACAGAGUCUGGUUUGUUUAUAGCUGCGGCAUUAACGCCCCAUUCUGUAGAAGUGUGCGUUUACUGUCCUGUACACCCAUUAAACCGGACUCAGCUAAAGCUGGAUGGCAGAUAACCAUGAAAGAGACUGAACCCCUCUUGGAUUGAAGUGAGCAGAUGACAUGCUCACCCAUCUUACUUAAACAAAGGGCAGCCAAGUAAAGGCAUCCAAUCGAAAUGGCAAGCUAGCUGGACCUGCUUUAGCGGGCUUGGACAGCGAAGGAUUCCGCCACCUUCAGCUUAAUCAAGAGGAUGCAGAAUUAUCAGGAAGAGAUUCCAUGAAUGCUGUUUUCAGUGAUUAGCAUUUUUAUGUCCAUGUUCUCAGUGGUCCAAAGUUGGAUGGAAAAGGGAAACACAAUAUUUCGAAGUGAAUACUGUUCUGUACACUGAUGUUCAUGAAUACCCAGAGAUUUUUUUAUUUUAUUUUAUUUUUAUUUUAUUUUUUGGCAUCUUCUACAAGCACAUACGUUUUUACCAUGCCAAACACUUUUUUUUUUUUUUUUCAUCUGCAGCCUGUUACAUUACAGUAUCUUGCCUUACUAAUUGGUGGACACUUGGUGCUACAGUGCUAUAUAUUGAAUUCCCUGAGUUGGGGCAGGAUUUUCUUUGCUGUUGUUCUGGACUAGGAGACCCACUGUUGAAGAAUCUCAACCAUCAAGUGCACUUUAUCUCUCCAGGCACCUUUUAAAACAGGACUCCACACUGCAGACCUGGACAUUAAAGUUUAAUAUUAUUUUAGCAAUUUUCAGUGUCCUUAUUUUUACUUCUGGAAGAAAAAUAGUACAAAAAUUAAAUCCUUGACACUAUGAGCAGCCGUUUCUUAAAGUCUAAUAUUGAACAUUACCUGUAAACUCCAUAAGUGCAUGGAUGUGUCCCUCAUACAGUUCUUUGAGAAACACCUUUUUCUGUUGCCGGCCAUCAAAAAUUGACAGUAUGAAGUAGAUGAGAUAGGAAGUGAUGGAAGUGAUGGAAGAGGGCUGCUCAGGUCAAGGUAGCACUGGCUGAAGGGCUUAGUUCCUGUUUGUGUAGUGGAUGAAAACCCAUUGCAUGUCAUCAUAGAUAUUACAACGCCUGUCCAUGGAUCCUGUAAAAGAUUUAAAACAAAAACAUGAAAUUGUGUACAUUUUUUUGAAUAGUCAGUUAUUUCCAAACUGAGGUCUGUCAUGAAAAUAAAAAAAAU